AUGAUUCCCCCUUGGGACCUCGAGGCGAAGGUCCUGGCCUCCAUCUAUGAGGUUAGGACGGCGGCCCGGAGGGAGAACCGUCUAGUGACGCCUGAAGAGUUGCUCCGGGUACGCCGCGACGGCGAGGCGGAGGUCCACAGGAAGUGGACUAUGGCUCUCCAGGACGCGAGGUACGGCCGGUGGACGAUCGACGCUCUGCUCCCCGUCCUCGAGCGUUGGUCGGUAGUCGGGACGCAAACCCGGAGUCCUCACCUACCGGCUGGUGAGGACUCCGGGUACUAUUCUUCUUACAUAUUAUAUGUUUAA